GCGAGCCCAGUGGCCGCGCGCGCUCCGGUGCGGCGGCACUCGGAGGCCAAGGCGGAAGUGGGGCGCCGAGGGCGCGGGAUUGGCGGGCGCGGACCCCCCAGGAGGGACGUAGACCUCAGGAAGGACGACUGUGCGCGGCGACAGCCCACCGGGGAGGAGGCAGGGCCAGGCCAGGCGCGGCGUCCGGACAUCUAGACUGGACCAUGCACAAGAGAAAAGGACCCCCGGGACCCCCGGGCCGGGGCGCCGCCGCCGCCCGCCAGCUGGGCCUACUGGUCGACCUCUCCCCAGACGGCCUCAUGAUACCAGAUGACGGUGUUAACGAUGAGGAGGUAGAGGCUGAGUUCUUGGCUUUGGUGGGGGAACAGCCCCAGGCCCUGGAGAAGCUCAAAGGCAAAGGCCCGCUGCCUAUGGAAGCAAUCGAGAGAAUGGCCAGGCUGUGCAUGAGAGACCCGGAUGAGGAGGAGGAGGAGACAGAUGACGACGUGGAGGCCGAUGAUGACCUGCUGGCAGAACUCAAUGAAGUCCUGGGAGAAGAACAGAAGGCCGUGGAGCCCCCGCCAGCCGUGGCCCAGCCGAAGCCCUCAGCCCCCCACCCUGGGGUGGAGGCCACCCUGCAGGAGAGGCUCGCCCUCUACCAGUGCGCCAUCGAGGGCGCCCGGCAAGCGGGGGACAGCGCCAAGGUGCGGCGCUAUGACCGCGGGCUCAAGACUCUGGAGGACCUGCUGGCCGCCGUCCGGAAGGGCAGUGCCAUCGACGAGGGGGACAUCCCCCCGCCCGUGGCUGUGGGCAAGGGUCCGGGAAGCACGCCCAGCCACACCCCUGCACCCCCCCAGCCAGCCCCAGAGCCCCAGCCCCCCCUGCCGGGGCCCCCUGUCAUGGCCCCAGUGCUGGCUUCCUGCUCCUCCACACCCCAGCUCCCAUCAGGUCCCUGCAGCCCCCUGGCUCAGCUGCAGAGUCGCCAGCGUGAGUACAAACUGGCCGCGCUCCACGCCAAGCAGCAGGGGGACACCGCCACGGCCGCCAGGCAUUUCCGCGUGGCCAAGAGCUUUGAUGCCGUCUUGGAGGCUCUGAGCCGAGGGGAACCCGUGGACCUGUCCCGCCUGCCCCCUCCACCUGACCAGCUACCCCCAGACGCCCUAUCUCCGACGCCACAGGCAUCGACACCCAUCGCCGGGCCCCCAGUGCCAGAGGUCCUCGCGCCCCCGAGGACUCUCUUGGAGGCGCUGGAGCAGCGGAUGGAGCGGUACCGCGUGGCCGCGGCCCAGGCCAAGGCCAAGGGUGACCAGCGCAAGGCGCGCAUGCACGAGCGCAUUGUCAAGCAAUACCAAGAUGCCAUCCGAGCGCACAAGGCCGGCCGAGCCCUGGAUGUGGCUGAGUUGCCGGUGCCCCCAGGGUUUCCUCCAAUCCAGGGCCUGGAGACCGCAGAGCCUGCCCAGCAGAGCCUGGUUGGGGUCCUGGAGACUGCCAUGAAGCUGGCCAAUCAGGAUGAAGGUCUGGAGGAUGACGAGGAGGAGGGGCCUUCGAAGCAGCAAAACAGCCCUGCGGCCCCCACAGCCCAGUCCAAGGCCCCACCUUCCAGGGCCCCCCAGUCGGGAUCAGCCAAAGCAGCUCCCAAAGGCACGACCACCAGAGCCCAACAGCAGCUGGCUUUCCUGGAGGGCCGCAAGAAGCAACUCCUCCAGGCAGCACUGCGGGCCAAGCAGAAGAACGACGUGGAGGGCGCCAAGAUGCACCUGCGCCAGGCCAAGGGGCUGGAGCCCAUGCUGGAGGCCUCCCGCAACGGGCUGCCUGUGGACAUCGCCAAGGUGCCACCUGCCCCGGUCAGCAAGGACGACUUCGCGCUAGUGCAGAGGCCCGGGCCUGGCCUGUCCCAGGAGGCUGCCCGGCGCUACGGGGAGCUCACCAAGCUGAUCCGGCAGCAGCACGAGAUGUGUCUCAACCAUUCCAACCAGUUCACCCACCUGGGCAACAUCGCUGAGACUAGCAAGUUUGAGAAGCUGGCGGAAGACUGCAAGCGGAGCAUGGAGAUGCUGAAGCAAGCCUUCGCCCGCGGGCUGCCCACUCCUGCUGCCCGCUUUGAGCAGAGAACCUUCAACGUCAUCAAGAUCUUCCCGGACCUCAGCAGUAACGACAUGCUGCUGUUUGUGGUGAAGUGCAUCAACCUGCCCACGCCCCCAGGGCUGUCCCCAGGAGACCUGGAUGUCUUUGUCCGCUUCGACUUUCCUUACCCCAAUGUGGAGGAAGGUCAGAAGGACAAGACGGGCGUCGUCAAGAACACAGACUCUCCGGAAUUCAAGGAACAGUUCAAGCUGUGCAUCAACCGCACGCACCGCGCGCUCCGCAGGGUCAUUCAGACCAAAGGCAUCAAGUUUGAAGUGGUCCACAAGGGGGGCCUGUUCAAGACUGACCGGGUGCUGGGCACGGCCCAGCUCAAGCUGGAGGCGCUGGAGACGGCCUGCGAGGUCCGGGAGGUCCUGGAGGUCCUCGAUGGCCGCCGGCCUACCGGGGGGUCACUCGAGGUGAUGGUUCGAAUCCGGGAGCCCCUGACGGCGCAGCAGCUGGAGACGACCACGGAGCGGUGGCUGGUCAUCGACGCCGUGCCCCCUCAGGUCGCUGCGCUCAAGGCCAAGGCGCCGCCCGUCCCUGCCGCUGCCAGAGACCCCGGGACCAGGUCCUCGAGGCCCCUGCACAGCCUCAGCGUGCUGGCCUUCGACCAAGAGCGCCUGGAGCGGAAGAUCCUGGCCCUGCGGCAGGCGCGGCGGCCGGUGCCCGCGGACGUGGCGCAGCAGUACCAGGACGUCGUGCAGCGCAGCCAGUGGCAGCGGGCGCAGCUGGAGCAGGGCGGCGCCGCGCUCCGCCGGGAGUACGCGAGCCACCUGGAGCGCCAGCUGCAGUUCUACACCGAGGCCGCCCGGCGCCUGGGCUACGACGGCAGCAGGGAGGCUGCCAAGGAGGCUCUGUACAGGCGGAACCUGGUGGAGAGCGAGUUGCAGCGGCUCCGCAGGUGAGGCCCGACGGGGCGGCCCGGAGCCCACGGCAGACAAUCAGCGGACAAUCGAUCUAGACUCGGCCCCCUCCAGUCCCCCCCCCCCCUCUGCCCCAGCCUGGCCGGGGUGCCUGGACCUCACCCCCGGCCCCCAAGUCCUGUUUGCACACCCCGGGGUCGGGCUCUGUCUGGCCCGCCCUGGACCAAACCCCCGGGGCCUCCGCGAGCACUUUACCUCCCAUCUCUCCCGGGCCUUAACCCUGCAGCCCUCCCACACCCCAAAGAAGCCACUGGGGGGGGACCCCGGGGUGGGGGGCUGCGGCUGCCCAGCUGGGCCCCCGGCCUACGUGUGGAAUAAACAGAG